AUGGCCAGCACGCUACGCACUGAGCCACGGGAGCUGUCCAUUGACGAAUGGAACAGUGACAACAGCGACGGCGACAACAACGACGACAACGACAGCGACGACAACAACGACGGCGACGACGGCGACGACAACAACGACGACGACGGCGACGACCACAACGACAGCGACAACGACAACAACGACAACAACAACGACGGCGACGACGGCGGCGACGACCACAACGACGACGACGACGACGACCACAACGACAGCGACAACGACGACGACGACAACAACGACAACGACGGCGACGACGACGACAACAGCGACAACAACGACACCAACGACAACGAUGACGACGACGACGACGACAACAACGACAACAACAACGACAACAACGACACCAACGACAACGACGACGGCGACGACAACAACAACAACGACAACAACAACGACGACGACGACAACGACGUCGGCGACGACCACAACGACAACGACGACGACGACAACAACGACAACAACAACGACGGCGACGACGGCGACGACAACGACGUGACAACAGUGGAACACGACAACGACAACAACGACAACAACAACGACGGCGACGACGACAACAACGACGGCGACGACGGCGGCGACGACCACAACGACGACAACAACGACGACGACGACAACGACGACAACAACGACAACGACGGCGACGACGACGACAACAGCGACAACAACGACACCAACGACAACGACAACAACAACGACGACAACGACAACAACGACACCAACGACAACAACGACACCAACGACAACGACGACGGCGACGACAACAACAACAACGACAACAACAACGACGACGACGACAACGACGACAACGACGUCGGCGACGACCACAACGACAACGACGACGACGACAACAACGACAACAACAACGACGUGACAACAGUGGAACACGACAACGACAACAACGACAACAACAACGACGGCGACGACGACAACAACGACGGCGACGACGGCGGCGACGACCACAACGACGACAACAACGACGACGACGACAACGACGACAACAACGACAACGACGGCGACGACGACGACAACAGCGACAACAACGACACCAACGACAACGACAACAACAACGACGACAACGACAACAACGACACCAACGACAACAACGACACCAACGACAACGACGACGGCGACGACAACAACAACAACGACAACAACAACGACGACGACGACAACGACGACAACGACGUCGGCGACGACCACAACGACAACGACGACGACGACAACAACGACAACAACAACGACGAUUUUAGGAAAGCCUUUGACAGCGUGUCUCAUCGUAAGCUCAUAUUUAAAUUACGUUCUUUGUUUAUCAAUGACAUUGUAAAGGACGUUCCGGCAGAGAUAAGGUUGUACGCGGAUGACUGUGUUGUUUACACAGAGGUGGCAGCCUACAUGCAGUGA